AUGGCCACUCCAAUUGUCCCCAGCAAAUCUUGGGCAGAGUGGAAGCAAGUGUUGCACGGGCUCUGGGUUAGCCCACCGCUGUUUACUGAGAAGGAUUACCCUUCGUUGGAGGGGAAAGUUGUCGUUGUCACCGGGGGAAACACUGGUAUUGGUUACCAAACAGUCAAGUCUCUAGCUGGAUCAACCAAGGCAAGGGUUUACAUCUUUUCAAGAAACAGAGAAAAGACACUAAAGGCAAUUGAGGAUAUUAAAUUGGAAAUCGCCAAGGAGUACAAUGUAGUCGACAGAGAAAUUGGAUUUGUUCAAGUUGACUUUAACGACUUGACCACCGUGAAACCAGCAGUUGAGGAGUUUUUGAAGCUUGAAACCAGGUUGGACAUUUUGAUCUUGAACGCUGGCGUGAUGAACACACCAUUGACAUCCGCAUACAGGACGAAACAGGGUUACGAAAUGCAGUUGGGGGUCAAUGUACUCGGAGACCAUCUUUUGACCGCGCUACUUGAUCCAGUUAUAAUUGAGACCUCAAAGACGAAUCCUCCAGGGUUGUCAAGGAUUGUUUGGGUUAGCUCGUCUGCUCACUACAUGGCUCCCAAAGGUGGGAUUUUUUGGGAAGAUUACAAUUUUGAGAAACAGCCCGAUACCAAGAGUAACCGAAUGAUUGCUUAUGCUCAAAGCAAAGCCGGAAACAUCCUCCAGGCCAAGACAUGGCCUAGGAAACACGAUGCUCCCAAUGUCAUCAGCAGCUCCAUCUGUCCUGGCUACUUGAUGACCGAGUUGCAGAGAUACUCGAGUCCAGUCGAGUUGUUCAUCACCAAGUGGAUAACCUACCCGUGCAGAAACGGUGCUUAUACCGAAUUAUAUGCUGCGUUGUCGCCAGAUGUGAAGAGUGGUGACCAUAGUAUCUCCUUCGGCCAGCCUGGAAUUGUUAGAGGUGACUUGAAUGACGAGGCUAAUGCAGACAAGGUUUGGGACUGGCUCAACGAACAGAUUGAACCCUAUUUAUAG